AUGGCACUUAUGGACACUGGGGCAGAAGUAACUUUAAUUCAUGGGAAUCCACAAAACUUUUCAGGACCAAUUGUAAAUGUAAAUGGAUACGGGGGCUCAGAUAUACAGGCGAAACUAAUCACAGUACACUUAGCACUAGGAAGGUCACCCUCUUUUAAAGCUAAUGUGCUAGUUUCAGAAUUGCCUGAAUAUAUUCUGGGGAUAGAUAUUCUUACAGGAAAGUCAUUACAAACAAAAUGGGGAACAUUUUCUUUUGGGAUUCGUAAUUUAAUGUGUAGAGCAGUUAAAGUAAUAGUAAGAGGAAAGGCUAAAUGGACCCCUUUAGAAAUCCCAGUACCUGACACCCCUGUAAAUUUAAAGCAGUAUCGUUUGCCAGGAGGUUUGCAAGAAAUAGGAGAAACAGUGGAAGAGUUACUGCGGGUAGGAAUUAUUCGACCUGCAGUUAGCCCUUUCAAUUCUCCUGUGUGGCCAGUCAGAAAACCGGAUGGUUCAUGGAGGAUGACGAUAGAUUACAGAGGUCUGAAUGCUAAAGCACCGCAAUUGACUGCUGCAGUUCCUGAUAUUGUUACUAUCGUAGAAGACAUCAUGGCUAAUGCAGGAGAGUGGCAUGCUGUCAUCGACCUGGCUAAUGCUUUUUUCUCUAUUCCAAUUGCAACCCAAAGUCAAGAUCAGUUUGCAUUUACCUGGAAGGACAGACAAUACACUUUCCAAGUACUGCCACAGGGAUACCUACACAGCCCUACGUUAUGCCAUGGACUUGUAGCAAGAGACCUGGCUACCUGCCCAGAGUUGGAGAAGGUACGAUGCUUUCAUUAUGUGGAUGAUAUAAUGUUAACUGGAGAUGAAUCAUCAGUAACCAAAGCAUUGCCUGCUUUAAUAACGCACAUGGAGAGCAGAGGAUGGGCCAUAAAUAAAGACAAAAUCCAAGGACCCACCAGAGAAGUUAAAUUUCUGGGCAUGAUGUGGUUUGGACCAGAAAAACGAGUGCCCCAAAAAGUAAUUGACUCUUUGCAUAAGUUACAGGCCCCCACUAAUAAAAAAGAAGCUCAAUCCUUUGUGGGACUAAUGGGUUUUUGGAGAGCUUUUGUGCCACAUUUGGGACUAAUUUUAAGACCAAUACAUGAUGUUGUCAAGAAAAAAGCACAGUUCGAAUGGACAGAAAAACAACAAGCUGCUUUUGAGGCCGCUAAAGAAGCUUUAGUCCAACACCAAGGAUUGGGACCUUUAAAAGCUGAUUUGCCUUUUGAACUUGAAGCUACAGAAUUGAACAACAUUGCUAUGUGGAGUUUGUGGCAAAAGCAUGGAAGUAAACGUGUCCCGAUAGGCUUUUGGAGCCAACAGCUGACAGGAUCACAGACUAAAUAUACACCACUUGAAAAGCAGCUCCUUACAGCAUACUGGGCCCUUUUGCACACUGAGAGACAGACAGGUCCUGCUCCGGUAAAGCUACGCACUAACUUGCCUAUUGCUGGGUGGGUUAGAGACAAUGGUCUGGGAGCGAGAGCAGGCGCUGCCCAAAAUCAAACUUUAUGCAAAUGGAAAUGGUAUUUGCAAGCAAGAGCACACUUUGAAAGAAAAGAUACGAGUGCAUUACAAGGGGCCAUGGCAGGGGCUGUGAUAUAUGAGAAUCCAGAUGACUCACCACCUGUUGUGCCUGUCAUGGAGUCGCCCUUUAAAGAAGCCCCAGCAUACGAUCAUCUGACACCAGUGCAACAGGAGAACAGCUGGUUUACAGACGGAUCCGCAACUGUAGAAGGCGGAAAACGGCUUUGGAGAGCAGUAGCUUAUCAGCCUCACACUGAGACCAUCCUCCAUCAACAGGGAGAAGGUAAAUCAAGCCAAUGGGCUGAACUUAUUGCUGUCGCUAUGGCAUUAACAGAAAAUCAGAGCUUCCCUCUUGUUGUUUAUACGGAUAGCUGGGCAGUUUUUCAAGGACUAACAGUUUGGAUAACCAUGUGGAAAAGGGCUGCUUGGACUAUUCAUGGAAGAGAACUAUGGGGUGGCACAGAAUUGUGGGAGAAGCUUUGGACAAUGGGUACAAGAGGGGAGACCCUCAUUGGUCAUGUAGAUGCCCAUGCCCCAUUGACAUCCCUUGAAAGGAUUUAUAACCAACAAGCUGAUAUGAUAGCUGCUGUUCGAGAAAUCAAACAGGACGAAGCCAAUACAGAGGAUGAUGACCUGUGCCACUAUGCUGAGGUAAACGUAAUCAAGCCUUCGUUAAUAUCAUUAGCAAAAUGGGCGCAUGAAACUUCAGGACAUAUGGGAGUGGAAAAAACAUAUCAAUGGUGUCAUCAGCGAUGUAUACCAGUCACUAAUGAUAUUGUUAAACAAAUAGUGAACAAUUGCUCUACCUGUACAGAAGUAAAACAAUGGCCCCUACAGAAGAAGGCAACUGGUAAACAGAAGAGAGGAAUUGGACCAGGACAAAUUUGGCAAGUGGACUACAUUGGGCCACUGCCACGAGAAAAUAGACAACUGUAUGCCUUGACUGCAGUAGACACUUAUUCUGGACUUUUACAAGCUUAUCCAUCAAUAAGAGCUGACCAAAAAGCUACGCUUAAUGGACUAAGCCAUUUAAUCCAAGCAUAUGGAGUGCCCGAAGAAAUCCAAAGUGAUCAAGGAAGCCACUUUGCUGGGAAAGAUGUACAAGAGUGGGCUCAAGGAGCUGGAAUUCAGUGGACUUUACAUAUCACUUAUCACCCACAGGCAGCAGGGCUUAUUGAGAGAAUGAAUGGCCUUUUGAAAGAACAAGUUAAAAAACUAACUGGGCAUACUCAUCUUAAAGGCUGGACUAAAGUUUUAAAGCAAGCCUUAUUUAACCUCAAUAAUCGUCCGUUGGCUGGGUCCACACCAUUUAUGAGACAUCAAAAUGUCGGAGGAGAGCCACCUGUGUGUGCCCUCCGCCUGACAACAAUUAGCCCACUGGCAAACAACGAAUUAACUCCCACAGGGUUAUUGGUUAGGGCACCUAAGUCACUCAUAAUCAAGUUAAACUCAUCGGAAAAGCUAAGCUUGGGAAUAACAGAUUAUCCUCACGUGUGGAAUAAUCAGUACAGAUGGUUUAUGGACUGGAUGGAGCCGAUGCACCCCCUACAAUAAAGUUUUUUGGGCUGCUGACAAGCCAGGAACAGAAAAGUAUGUGAUACUGAACGUCACUCUUACCAAGAACUGUACCUGGCAGUUACGAGACAAGACACCUACGGCUCCGUUUUCCAUGAAACUGGAAUAUCCUGAACUGUUACCUUUACCUAUUAUGACUUAUGAA